AUGCCAGCUGAGUUUGCACUGAAAAAAGGUAAAAAGAAAAAGAAGAGGGAGCUAGCUGAGGAACAGAAACAGGAAAUCCAAGAGGCUUUUGACUUGUUUGAUACAGACAAAGACCGUGCCAUUGAUUACCAUGAACUCAAGGUAAGGUUUUUGACGGAUAUGAUGCUGGAGAGAGAUCCGCAAGAGGAAGUACAGAAAGGAUCCAAACUGUUUGAUGAUGAUUUGUCUGGGAAGAUAUGCCUCCGUAACCUCCGCAGAACAGCCAGAGAGUUGGGAGAAAAUAUGACGGAUGAGCAAUUACGAGCUAUGAUUGAUGAGUUGGAUAGAGAGGCAGAUGGUGAAAAAAGGAAGAAAGCAGAAGAGAAGGUGUAG